UACCUUACGUGACUGUCCCCUUUGCCGCCGCGCGCUCUUGUAGGAGAGAGAGAGAGAGAGAAAGAAACAACAUAGCGUGCGCGAGCUUGCUCAACGUUGGGAGCGUACCGCGCACGCGCGUAGUGGUGAAGAAGAGAAGGGAAGAGAAGAGGAGGUGGAGGGGAGGGAGGAAAGCCCCCGGCACGCGCGCGUCCCUGAUUGGCCCAGCCGGCUUGACUGACAGAACUGGCUAGGCUGGCGGCUGUUGGUCGAGGGAAGGAGGGGGCGCGCGAGGGAAGGAGCCAGCCAGCCAGCGAGUCAGCCAUCCAGUCACAGUCAGUCAGUCAGUCCAAGGGAGAGAAGUGAGUGAGCGAGUUCUUUAAAGAUGGCCGGAGCGGCGGCGGAGGCGACGGCCACCGGCAGCAGCAGCAACAACAACAACUCCUCCGCCGCCACGAGCGCCGCCACGACGCCCGUCUAUUGCGUCUGCCGGGAGCCUUACGACGUGAGCCGCUUUAUGAUCGAGUGCGACAUAUGCAAGGACUGGUUCCACGGCAGCUGUGUCAGAGUAGAAGAGCACCAUGCUGUUGACAUUGACCUGUACCACUGUCCCAAUUGUGCAGUUCUUCACGGACCCUCCUUAAUGAAGAAAAGAAGGAACUGGCACAGACAUGACUAUACAGAAUUGGAUGAUGGUUCCAAGCCAGUUCAAGCUGGAACACGAACAUUUAUUAAACAGCUACGUGCUCGUUCAUUCACCAGUGCUGAUGAAAUCAUUUUAAAAAUGCAUGGCAGCCAGUUGACACAAAGAUAUCUGGAGAAGCAUGGCUUUGAUGUCCCCAUUAUGAUCCCUAAAUUGGAUGGCUUAGGUCUCAGACUUCCACCCCCUACUUUUUCUGUUCUGGAUGUGGAACAAUGUGUAGGUGGUGAUAAAGUGAUAGAUGUCAUUGAUGUGGCAAGACAAGCAGACAGUAAAAUGAAGCUCCAUAAUUAUGUGAAGUAUUUCACAAAUCCUGACAGACCAAAAGUAUUAAAUGUUAUCAGUCUUGAAUUCUCAGACACGAAGAUGUCUGAAUUGGUGGAAGUACCAGAAAUUGCCAGAAAACUUUCAUGGGUAGAAAACUAUUGGCCAGAUGAUUCAGUGUUUCCUAAGCCUUUUGUUCAGAAGUACUGCCUAAUGGGAGUCCAAGAUAGCUACACAGACUUUCAUAUUGAUUUUGGAGGCACUUCUGUCUGGUAUCAUGUUCUCUGGGGUGAGAAGAUAUUCUAUUUGAUCAAACCCACUGAUGAAAAUCUGGCAAUCUAUGAAUCCUGGAGCUCAUCUGUCAUCCAGAGUGAAGUGUAUUUUGGAGAUAAAGUUGACAAAUGUUACAAAUGUGUUGUGAAGCAAGGGCAUACCUUAUUUGUUCCAACAGGCUGGAUUCAUGCUGUACUCACUUCUCAGGACUGUAUGGCUUUUGGAGGGAACUUUUUGCACAACCUCAAUAUUGGCAUGCAGCUCAGGUGUUACGAAAUGGAGAAGAGGUUAAAAACCCCAGAUCUUUUCAAAUUCCCUUUCUUUGAAGCCAUUUGUUGGUUUGUGGCCAAAAACUUGCUGGAAACUUUGAAAGAGCUUCGGGAGGAUGGUUUUCAGCCCCAGACCUUCUUAAUUCAAGGAGUGAAAGCUUUACUUUCUGCUUUAAAAUUAUGGAUGAAGAAGGAUCUUGUAACGGAACAUGCAUUUGAAAUUCCAGACAAUAUUAGGCCUGGACAGCUCAUCAAAGAACUCUCUAAAGUGAUUCGUUCUGUAGAGGAGGAGAACAGCAAAGCAGUUAAAACUCAGGGAAUUAGUACUUGCCAAGUUUCGCGAUCAUCAAAUGAAGUAGCUUCCACUCAUCAUUCCAGAAGGAAAGCAAGGAAAUUACGAGAUCAUACCGUCAAAACUCCUUCUAAUUUGGAUAUUCUGGAGCUUCACACAAGGGAAGUUCUCAAAAGGCUAGAGAUGUCCCCUUGGGAAGAGGAUGCAGCAAAUUAUAAAUUGAAUGAAAGAUUUAACAAACCUCUUCAGCCAUCUUCUACUGUUCCUGAAUGGAGAACAAAGGACAACGAUUUACGGCUUUUGUUGUCAAAUGGCAGAAUAAUUAGGGAUGGGAGGCAGCCGUUUAGAGAUUCAAGCCUUUAUACUGCAGACAGUGAAGAUGAGAAUGAGAAGAUAAAUUCAGAGACAGAAAAAACUAUUAAAAAGGAAAAACAGAACUCCCAGGAAGCAGAAGACAACACAGAUGUGCAAAAACCACUGAAUAUGUUUUUUGAAAGUGUGAAAUCAGAACUCAGGAAUGGAAGCUCACAAUACUCUGAUAUUUCUGAUUCAGAAGAAUCUGAACCUGAUUGCACUAACCAGCAAAAGGAUUCCUCUGCAGAGGAAUCAGAAUGCUCAGGUGAUGAGAAACAGGAAGUAACUUCAAAUGUUAAGGAGGAAUCUAAAAUAACAUACAAUCUCUUUCAAACCAUACAGAAGCCAUCUAAAGAUGAAACUGCAAAUAAAAGGGAAUAUCCUACCUCGAGAAGUAUGGAGGAAGAAGCUAUUCAGGGCAUGCUUUCUAUGGCAGGAUUGCACUAUACCACUUGUUUACCAGAUAAUACACAGAGCACAGACUGCACUAACAGAAAAAGCUCUCUUCAGGAACACAGAAACUACCCCAAAAGUAGGCAUAAAGAGAAGAUGUCUUCCCACAGUCAUAAAGCAGAAUGCGAUAAGCACAUAAAAAAAGAAAACGAUGCAGGAUCUUCAACUUUAGCCACAACAUUAAAUGCCAUUUCUAAAGUAAACCCUCAGGAUACAAACAAAACUCAUAAAUACAUUAAAAAGGAAGAUGCAUCAGAAACCAGUUACAGAAUUCAAGAAAACAGAAGUCACUUACAAAAUAAUGGUUUCAGCUUCCCACAUGGCAAAUGCACGCAGGACUGUAGCUUGAUUGAAGGGGAAUGCAGGCUAAGUGAUGGCAGCCUUAGCCCUGACCAGCCAUAUGGUGAAACGUCAUUGUCUGUCCCUCUUCAUCCAACCAAGCGACCAGCAUCAAAUCCACCCCCUAUCAACAACCAGGCAACAAAAGGCAAACGUCCAAAGAAAGGUAUGGCAACUGCCAAACAGCGACUUGGGAAGAUCCUAAAGCUGAAUCGAAAUGGCCAUGCACGCUUUUUUGUUUGAUGCAGUGAUUCCUUCUGCUGCUGCUGUCCUUUUAUAUGCAGACCAGUAUCGAGGGUAACAGUGCCUGGAGCUUCUGUUGUAGUCCUCUGCUUGAAGCAGAAAUGCAUGUACAUUAUUAGAACACUGCCUGAUGAACAAAAACUCAAUGCUGCAUUUUCACUGUGCCACACCUGCUCAGCAAUAAACACUUGGAAAACAGGGGAAUAUCCAGAGACUGUCGACUGGGGAGUGGUCUUUUUCAGGGCUCAAUCAUUUUGUUUCUAUUAUGUGUCUAAACUAAUUCAUGAACAGAAGAUUAUGAUGAAGGUGGUUAUCAAUAAUUUAUUUGACUGAUUUUGGCAACUAUUGAAUUCAUUUUUAAACUAUUUAUUAUUUGGAAAGCCUUUUUGUGGGAAAUAUAAUUUUAAUUUUAGAUAUAAGAAAUGUGAAGAUUUUUAUUUGUUUUUAGUGACUGUAGUAGAGAGCCACAUGGAAGAUUUAUUUUGGCUUCUAACAGGUAGUAUACAAGUUACAGUCUUAAACAUGCAAGUGGUGCAUUAAGUUAAGGCACAUGGAAUCACAUCUUAAUUUCUUUUCUUUAUACAUUCUUGUGGAUAGUUUUCUACUAAAGUACACAUUCUCCAUCAGCUUAAUCGACCUUUCUGUGACUUCUUGUCCUUCUUCCACUUCUCAUUCUCUGCCAGUUAAUCUGGACUAUAAAUUGGUGUAGCAUUAGCAACAGCUUUUGCACAUGUAUGUGCUUCCUUCUUCCCCCGUUUGUUCCCAUGCUGUGGAGAAUGAUCCAUGCAAAGCAUGGGUUAUAGUACACCAGUUGUAGCACUAUAGCUAUGAUUUAAGUGUAGACACUUAAACACAUUUUAUGGAGGAAGGCUAUUAUGGUGGCAGAAUAUUGUAUCAUUGUCUACAUAUGCCAGUCUCCUAAAGGUCUUAAGUCAUUUUUGUAUAUAUGUAAAUAUGUUUGAUAGCUUGAUAAAUUUCAGAUGACUUAUUUUGUGUCAUGCUUUGCAAAAAUCUGGUAGUAAAUGCCAAUUCUGAAAUGCAUGUAAAUAACUUAGAUUAUAAAUUUGUAUUUUUGUAAUAUAAAAUUGAUUAUUUAAGCUCUUUGGAGGAAAAGGAGGAGGCACCUAUACUACUAUUUUGAUAAGAGGGCUAUUCAGUACUAAAGCAGGAAUACUAGGGAUAUUGCUCUGGGUUUUCUUUUUCAGCCUGUUGAUUAAGACUUAAAGCAUGGCCAAAGCUACUCGGUUGUUUGAUUCACUUCAAUAAAAGCUUCACAGCCUUCAGGUUAUAUUUAAAAUAAAAUAUUUAGAAAUCCCCAAAUAGGUCUUUGUGCUUAGACAGUUUUAUAUGUUCAGUAUUUUCUGCAUCUCUGUGUGUAUCUGUGUUAAACUAUAUGUGAUGUCCUCUGUCCCAUAUAACAAUAUCCAGGUUUUUUUGGCUACUGCAGUUUAUAAGACUUAGCCAAAUUUCUCAGUGGAAACAUUUCAUGGCUUCAGUCCUUUACAAAAUUGUCGGUUAAAACCAUUUAACUGAGUAAGACUUCAUAAUGCAUAACUUCAUGUAGGAUGGGAACACAACCUUAAUUUGAAAGUAAGUGCAAUGGUUUGACUUCUGACUGGAUUAGAAUUUGCAUGAAAAUUGGCAAAAUUAGGUAACAAGCUUGUAACAUGUCAUUUUGGAAAUUACCAUACUUUUCCUUCACUCUCCUUUCCUCUUGAAUAAUAGGGUUUUCUUUCAACAGUUGUCGAAACGAAAUAAAACCAAGUGAGAAAAUGUAUGUUAUCAAGGUUACAAAUUGAGCUAAUUACUUGGAGAAAGCUCAAGUACUAUCUUUUGGAAAUAACUGUGAUUCGCUGGUUAAUCUGAGUUAACACACUUUUCAGUAUUGAUCAAAGAAAUCUAUUUUUUCAGCAGUUGGAGUCAAUAUAUUUGUCUAAUUGACCUGCAGGAUAUUUGUGUAGAGUUUGUAUUUACGCAUUCUCAAUACCUUUAAAAGUGAGAUAGUGCUCUUUUGCUAUAUGCAAAAAAACAGAUCUGUGGUGCUAGAUGUUCAUUUCAGAUUUUGGUAAGCCAUAACUUGGAAGAGAACUGCUUUUUUGUCUCGUUUUACACAAGAGUAAAAAUUCUGUAAAAUUUGAAUGAGGACACAGUUCAGUGAAUGGUAAAUGUAUUGGAAAAGGGUAUUAGAAAAAUGAAGCUUCUCUUUCCAGACCAGAGUAGCAGACGUUUCUCAUAGUUGCUUUAGUUUGUUUUGCAUUUUCAUUAGUAAAAUACAGCUAUGGCCUUUUUGAAGGACAUGUUCUGGUUCUGGAGAGGCUUUGGCUUGAGCCAUAUUUUCAUAGAUGUUUCAGUUAUUCUUAUCGAGCACCUCUCUUUCUCAUACAAACAUCUCUUCACAGUCUGCCAAAAAAGAAAUGUCACUUGCUAAAUCAUUUUUGCUUCCUCUUUCAAAUAAAAUUGAGGCAAAUGUUCCCCUAUCACAAAUCCAGUAACCUUUUUACGGAAGUAAAAUAUGGAUAAGGCCAAUUUACUUUAAGGAAGCAAAGUAUAUUAACAGGAUGGUGAAAUAAGUUGCUCUUAAGUGUGUUCAGUUUUUAGUUUGGGUAGCUGAAUGAAGAGACUUUAGUUGGCAGUCUUGUUCGUAAACUAGAAACUUCCUUGGUAGAAAUCCCUGUGCAGCAGACUUUACAUAUGCAGUUUACUGUCCAAAUUAGAUUCUGUCAGUUCACCUUGAGGGAGAGAAAGCAAUACUUUAGCCAUAUUUGGCAGGAAGCCUCAUUUGAAAGAGGCUAGCUUUUAAAAUAAUUGGAACAAUAAUUUCAGCUAUAGGGCACAAUUGCCAUAGACUUAUUCUCUCUUGAAGUGAUGGGUGAGAGAAAAUGAGAAAAGAGUAUCAGUGUAGUGAUUUAGUGGAUCAUUUCUAGCAGCAUUUCUUGCCAUCCUUCUACAAUACUUAUCCAUAAUCUCAGACUACAAAACAGCCUGAAAUGGCCUCUAUGGUAAACUUACCUAUGCAGUCAGUGACACUUACAUAUGAACAUUUCAAACCAUUUGAAGAAGGCGGAACAAUAAGAACUGCCCUUCUGGCUACAUUUUUUUUCAUAGCAAAAGUGCUUGCAUUAAUAUUCUUCAGGGUAAGAGCACACUAACAUGGUCAUAGUCAACUUUACUUCACCUAAGCUUUUAACAUGCCACAAACUGCCUUUAUUCACCCGGAUGUGUAGUAAUUUAACUGUGAAAUCUCUGUAGGAUUCAAAACAACAUUGGUCAGAUUCAGUAGUUUUGUUAAUUUGGAGGAAAAUUGGGAAAACUGUGGAGGCUCAGUGCUAUAAAUGACCAGAGAAUGCCUCACUUCAUCCACAAUUUCCCUGCCUCCAAAAAGAAAAGAAAAAACCUUAAGGCAACGUUUUGUAAUAAUUUGCAUCUGUACUUCCAGACCAUCAAACGCUGUUCAUUUCCCUGGAUCUGAGUAAAUCAGGGCAACUUUAUUUUGUGGAAGAAAUAUAAACUGAAUUUUCGGGCCUUACUAUUUGUAGUUUGAACUGUAUUAAAAGCUGCAACAUCCAUUUUCCAAAAAAGGCAAAGAUCUGUGUACAAAAUGUGUGAAUUGUGCAGUAAAGGGUGGGAAUGAGACUAGCACUGAUAAGGAAAUGCAGCGGCUGCUAUAGCUGCAUUUCUCUCCGCAAGAGGACUUUGAAUAUAUAAAUUUUAAGCCAUAAUAGUUUCUUGCUGUGGGAAUGGAAUAAAAGAAAUCACUUUAAGAGAUUAUAUUAAUAUGAAUUAUCACUUCUGCUGGGAAAAGUUUAACUUUGCCAGUGCUUUGGCAUUUUUGAGAUAUUCAGUACAUUUGAAAAGAGGCGAUAGGUCUUGGCUAUAUUUACUAGUUUUGUAGUAGUGUUUUGCUGAUGUGAUUUCCCUCACACCUUUUUCUACUUUUUGAAUGUUUGUGAAAUAGCAGUCUUUCUGAAUAGAACUUUGUGUGUCCUCUGAUCCUUUUUACAGAAACACACUACUGUGUGGAGUGUUUUGGCUGGGAAAUGGGAUGCUGCAGCUUUAAGAGCUUUUUCUUCUUCCAAUUUAUAUCAGUGUUUCCCAUCCCAUUUUUGCCUGCAGGCAGGGAAAGUGUAUGUACAGUAUUUAUUUUGUUUCAGUUUUACUUUGAAAUUUGUAAGUUUCUAUAUGUAGCUUACUGAUUUAAUGUUUGGGAGGACAAGUGGCUUGUUUAAAUUUGUAUUUGACCAUAGUUUCCACUUUCUGUACUUUAAAUACUGAAAUUAAAAUCUGUAUUACUUAA